CACUGACAGCUGCUGCCUCAGAUUAAUUCAUAGUUCUGGACGGUUCAGUAACUUUGUGUUUUACAGUUCAGGAUUUAUCUGCACCUGCAGAGCCUCACCUCCAUGUCUGCAUGGACCAAUCAGAGAAGAGCGAGCCUCUGAUUGGAGGAUGGAGCAGGAGCGGCACCAGAACCGUCCUGGGUGGAAGGAGCAGCAGCUGAAAUCUGGAUGUUUGACCCAAAUUCUGUCAUUCGGGAUGAAACCAGGAAGAAUUUGUGCAGCUCCACUUUCUCAGGACUAAAGUCUCCCCGGUCUCUGAAAGUUUCUCCUCUCUGAAUAUUUCUACACACCUGUGAUGAGAACCAGCUGGUUCUGGAGGUCCACCUUCUGCCUGACGCUCCUCCUCCAGCCCGGAUCGGCUCAGCAUGAAGACGGGAGUUCGGUUCUGGAGCCCGGCUUCUGCCAGCCCAUCUCCAUCCCGCUCUGCACCGACAUCGCCUACAACCGGACCAUCAUGCCGAACCUGCUGGGUCACACCAACCAGGAGGACGCGGGCCUGGAGGUCCACCAGUUCUACCCUCUGGUCCAGGUCCAAUGUUCGGCGGAGCUGCGGUUCUUCCUGUGCACCAUGUACGCGCCGGUGUGCACGGUGUUGGACCGGGCCAUCCCGCCCUGCAGGUCUCUGUGCGAACAGGCCCGGAACGGCUGCGAGGAGCUCAUGAACAAGUUCGGCUUCCAGUGGCCGGACCGGCUGCGCUGCCAGAACUUCCCGCUCCACGGAGCCGGAGAGAUCUGCGUGGGUCAGAACAGGAGCGAUUCUGAAGGUUCGGCCGAGCCGAACCCGACCGCCCGGCCUCCGUUCCUCCGGAGCGACCAGCGGUUCUCCUGCCCCCCGCAGCUCCAGGUUCCGUCCCGCCUCAGCUACCGCUUCCUGGGGGAGGAAGACUGCGGGGCUCCGUGCGAGUCCGACAGACCCGGCGGACUGAUGCACUUCAGCCAGGAGGAAUUAAAGUUCAGCCGGGUCUGGGUCGGGUUCUGGUCCAUUUUGUGCUGCGUCAGCACGCUCUUCACCGUCCUGACGUAUUUACUGGACAGGAGGAGGUUCGUCUACCCGCAGCGGCCCAUCAUCUUCCUGUCUGGCUGCUCCUUCAUGGUGGCGCUGGCCUACAGCGCCGCCUUCCUGCUGGAGGACAAGGCGGUGUGUGUGGCCCGGUUCAGGAAGGAGGGGUACCGGCUGGUGGUCCAAGGGACGGAGAAGGACGUCUGCACCGUCCUGUUCGUCGUCCUCUACUACUUCAGCAUGUCCGGUUCCGUGUGGUGGGUCGUCCUGGGCUUCAGCUGGUUCCUGUCCGCCGGGAUGAAGUGGAGCCACGAGGCCAUCCAGGCCCGCUCUCAGUACUUCCACCUGGCAGCCUGGCUGGUUCCGGCGCUGAAGACCGUCCUGGUGCUGGCUGUGGGCCGGGUGGAGGGCGACCUGCUCAGCGGGGUCUGCUCUGUGGGAGCCUACAGCCUGGAGGGCCUGCGGGGAUUCAUCCUGGCGCCGCUCUCCGUCUCCCUCCUCAUCGGCGCCUCCUUCCUGCUGGCCGGCUUCGUGUCGCUGCUCCGGGUCCGGUCCAUCAUGAAGCACAACGGCACCGAGACGGAGAAGCUGGAGAGGCUGAUGGUGCGGAUCGGCGUCUUCGGCUCGGUCUACACGGCCUCCACAGCGGCCGCCAUCGCCUGCCUGCUGUAUGAAGAGGCGCUUCGGCCGCAGUGGGUCGCCGCCUGGCGGAUGCAGACCUGCAAACACUUCGCUGUGCCGUGCCCGACCCGAAACACACCGCCGGUCUCGCCGAACUUCACGGUCUUCAUGAUCAAGUACCUGACGACCUUCACGGUGGGGAUCGGCUCUGGAUUCUGGGUCUGGUCCGGGAAGACGCUGCGGACGUGGCGCCGCUUUUCCAAGAGAGCGAACCUGAACGGAGAGGCGGCGGCGUGGAGGUGAAGCUUCUGGACCGGAUCCGAACCGGAUCCGAACCGGCAGGAACACGAACCCAAAGUGGAUCUACCGAACCCAAACUAACUGAUGGAGUCAGGUUGAUCAUCCUGCCCUGCCUGGUGUGAAGACGGUCAGCCUCCUGCUGCUCCUCCUGGUGCUGA